UUUUCGCCGACGCCGUUGCAGUCAGCUGGGAUAUGGAUGGUCUCUCUGCUUAGAAUUCGCAAUAAUUGCUCUUAAUCAUACACAAGCGGCGGGCCGCCUGUGGCCGCACUUGUCUCUUGCACGCUUGUUUUUUUAUGAAGAGUACUCCGUAACAAUGAAUUCCAAAGAAGGGACCGGCAGGCACAGCGGGACGGGUGGGGGUCCAUUGAACGCCCUUCUAAUGACUGGCCGAAUUGAUAACAAGGGCGUCCAUUGUCUUGAUAUGUAAGCGCGGUAAAUAGCAAGUACUUAACCCCAUCGCUCAUCGGUGAUAUUCGAGUAAAAGAAUCAUUGACCACAGAUAAUAAUUAUUGUUGGCAAGAAGAUCUCGAACGGCUGUCGAAGAUUGUCCGUCACCAUGCGUCACGCAUCCAGCACACCAACGGCGCUCGUCCUGAUUGAUAUCCAAGCGGGCUUCAAGCAUCCUACCCACUGGGGGUCGUCACGCAGCACGCCGACAUUCGAAUCCAACGUUGAGAAACUUCUCGCAACUGUACGCAUAUACAACAACACCAUCGAUUCAAGCCCAGCUUCCCAAGAGCGUCGUCCAGUACUCGUGCUUCAUGUCCACCAUCAUUCCCUAUCACCUACCUCGGCCCUCCACCCAUCACACUAUCUCGAAGGAUCAUCAACGCCGUCCGUCGCGCCUUUGCCGUUCGCAGCGCCCCUCGCCUCGGGUUCAGAGCCCAUCUUUACGAAGAAUUUCAAUAGCGCUUUCAUCGGUACCGAGCUCGAGGCAACGCUGAGGGCCGCUGGUAUCCGGCAGCUUAUUGUGGUUGGACUUACGACGGAUCACUGUGUGAGCACCACGGUGCGGAUGGCGGCCAACCUCCAGGUUCUGGGCGAGGAUGGAGGGGUAGAUGGGAAUGGCGUGAUAUUAGUCCGGGAUGCGGUUGCGACUUAUGAAAAGAGUGGAUUUGAUGCUGAGACUGUGCAUGCUGUUAAUUUGGCUAGCUUGGAUGGGGAGUUUGCGAAGGUUGUUAGUACUGAGAACGUGUUGGCGGAUGUAUUGAGUAUGUGAUUCGAAACAAUCACAAAGAAUACGCAGAAUCAAAUAACAGUAUCACAAGAUAUGUUUGCGGUUCCAUUUGUACGGAUAAUGAAAGUAGUAUAUGUUCUGAUUCCAACACUCUGCGUUGCACUCAGAUUUGGAUACAGACUAACAGGUCGUCGAAGUCUUUUCGAUGCGA